UUUGUAAAUUCUUACCAUCAAAUUAUAUAAUAUACUAAACUGUCUAAACAUGUAUAGUUAGAUUGAGUAGUUGCAUGACUUUGCAUGUAUGGAAGUUUAGUUAUUAUAUUUAUAUACGGAGAAAAAUAGAAAAUAGAAAAUAGAAAGUGGGGUGGGCAAAGUAGCAAAAUAAGAGGUGUUGUACAAUAUAUUUGUUGACCAUAUUAUAUAUCAAAUUAUGUGAUUUGACCGUUAUAUAAAUGUACACUCUUUUUGUUCCAAAGAAAUAAUAAUUAGCAAAUCAACCAAAAAUAAAUUGCUCUUAUAAUGGAUGGUUCUUCUACUUCUACUUCUCUAAAACCAUGGAAAAGUUCAAUGUCCGAAAAUCAGAAAAAAAGGAAGCUAGAGGAUGAUGAGAAGAUAGUAGUGAAGGUUAAGAUUGAAGCAAAAAAGGGAGAUGCACAACAAAAGAAUAAUGGGCCUCCUUCUGAUUCUUGGUCUUGGAGAAAAUAUGGACAAAAGCCCAUUAAAGGAUCUCCUUAUCCAAGGGGUUAUUAUAGAUGCAGCACAAUAAAGGGGUGCUCAGCUAAGAAACAAGUAGAGAGGUGCAAAGAAGAUGCUUCAAUUCUUGUAAUCACUUACACAUCAGCCCAUAACCAUCCUAGCUCACAUUACCAAAAUACUCCAAAGAAGAAGGCCCAAGACAAAGCCCAAGCCCAUGUAAGUGAGGCCCACUCUAGCCCCAAAAAUGAAAAACCAAGCAACAAGAAAAAUAAUGUUGAAAUUAAUCCUUGUGAUGAAGGUCACCAAGGUAAUUUCCAUCACAUGCAAUCUCCAACUUAUAGCUCAAAUGAGUGCCAAAAGAUAGUAAUACAAGAUGAAGAAGAGCCUUAUGUGGUACCAUUUGACAAAUUUACCCCUUAUUAUCCACUAAAUAGCUUUUUUGCCACUUUUCCCCUUGUCAAAAAUAUUACAUCAAAAAUAACACAAGAAAGCUUUGACUUCUUUGAUGAACUUGAUGGAGCUAGAUUUUACUACAAACAAUAAUGUUUUUCAUAAAAGAAUGUUUCAACAAUAAAUUCUCUUCUUUUUAUUUUUAGGUAUGUAUCGGUUAAGGUGAAAUGAGCCAGAAAGAGGUGCCAACCCUCGAUUUUUCUACUUAUUUUUUUGCUUUUGUAUGUGCUCAUAUUACUUUGAGGAAAUGUAUUGUAAAUUAAUUAGUAA